GUGACCCGGCAGAGGGAGCAGGUGGUUCAUGGUCACAUGAUGUUGUUAGCCGAGGCUGAGGAGCAGCAACAUCUGAGCUGAAUCACAUCACUCCCUACGCUGAAAGGCGCCUGCAGCUGACACACCCCCAACCAUCAGGCAGAAUGUCGUAUGGGUCUAUUGACGGAGACUCCUUUGGCAGUCGCAACCCAUUUGGAGGUCCUACGAGGCAGGGCUACCAGCCAGUAGCCACGCAGGUCAGCCCCUCAGAACUGCAAGAUGUGUUUCAGGAGACCUCCUCCAACAUCUUCCAGAUCAACGCCAACGUUGUCACACUAGAGAAGAAUCUUCAAUCACUGGGAACAUCUAGAGAUACAGCGGAGCUACGACAGAGUCUACACUCCAUUCAACAGCAAACCAACAAAGUCAUCACCAGCACAAGCCAACUCAUCAAACAGCUUUCUGAUAUCAUCAGUGGCUCUUCACGGCAAGACCGUCUGCACCUGACCAGACUAAAGACUGAACUCUCAGAGUCUGUGCAGCGCUAUGGGGAUCUGCAGAAGAAAAUUGCAGAGCGCUCAAGGGCCUUGCUCCCUCCAGCACAGACCGACAAGAGUAAGAGUCCUCAGACCCCAUUCACUGAGCAGAUGGAGGAGGGUCUGCUGUUUGGAGAAGCGGUAGGCUCCAAGGGAGGGGCUCAGGCUUUCCUGUCAGAGAUCAGUGAGGAGGACGUGGAGGCGCUUCGCCAAAGAGAGGAGGCCCUGCUACACAUCGAAAGAGAUAUGCUGGACAUCAGUCAAAUUAUGAAGGAUCUGGCCAGCAUGGUCCAUGAACAGGGCGACACCAUAGACAGCAUUGAAGAUUACAUCCAGACUACAUCAUCCAACGUUGAAUCGGCCAAUCAGGAGCUUGCAAAAGCCAACCAAUACCAGAGGCAGCUGAGGAAGAGGAAGUGCUACCUGCUGGUGGCCGGAGGCAUCGUUCUCAUCGUCCUCACCAUCAUCAUCGCUGUUUCCGUGAGGAAAUGAGACGGGCCAAUGUGGUAGCUGCUGUCAUUACCAGCAGCGGUCCUGCCCGGUCUGAUCCCUGACCCGAGCAGCUGGUUUCCAGUAGGACGCAGCUGCCCUGCAACAACGUCUCUCCUCCAUCAUCCAUGCCUCUGUUUACAACAGCCUUAGGACGGAGGCCUUUACUAAUUUGUCAAUGGGGAACCCCGGCCAGAGACCCUCAUGUAGUCCUUUUAAUUAUUUUUUGUUGCUGUUACUGUUAGU